AUGAUCACGGAGGAGGUUCAUGCUGCGUCGUUAAGUGACAAGAACGAAAUGGCCGAAAGACCUGAAGCGGACGAAGAUGCACAUACAGAGUCGUCGGAGGGAAGCAACCGGCAAACGCAUUGGACAACGGAUACUGUGGAUUCGGAGGAUGAAUUUGAAGAUGCGAUGGAACCUCCAUCAUCGACUACAGGGGUGCUUCUGAGUUUUGAAGAAUGCGAUCGUGACGAUCGUGGAGGAGAUCGUGAAAAGCACAAUACAACCGAAGAAGAGGCAGACCCGGGUCCUGAGCAAGAAGCCACACCCAUCGAAGGAAAUCCGGACGGUCAGAUCAAUGAUCAGAGUUUACGUGAGUUAGCGGUGGAUGCUGUUGAUGUUGCCGAUGGCGAUGCAGCUGAGAGUAUUGCAGCCGAAGAAAGUGCUGCAGCUGGCGAGCUUGAAGAAAUCUCGGAGGUUGACGCUGAUGCUACAGACGUCGGUGCAGGGAAGACCGACGAUGAGACUGAAGUCGGAGCGGUAGUCGUGAGUGAUCAAGAGACCGCUGCUAACAUUGAAGAAGCUGAAGCGCAGACGAUCCCCGUGGCUGACGAGGUGGUCGACGGUGAAGAUGCAGCACUGGAGCCUGAGCCUGGCAGCGACACGAUGAAAUCCAGCAAUGAACAAGAGAUAUCGGAUGCCACUGCAGAUGCAGCAGAACCAACGGAGAAAAUUAAAAGCGAUACAUCGGUGGAACUCGGCCUCGAAGCCCCCGAAGAUGCUACUGGUGAACAAGCCGCACAUUCAGUCGAAGAAGAACAGCACGAGGAACCGCCGGGUGCUGAUGAAUCAACUGAAGAUGAUGGCAUGACUAUCGCAUCGGAAGCGGAGGUCGCUCCGGAGGCGGUGGAUGAGAAGACCGAGGAUAACCCCUUCAAAGCUGCUGACAAUACCGACGCCGUCGAAAUCGAAAUCGAAAUCGACGGCGACGUGACUCCCGUAGCUGCUUUAGCGCCCGCUUCCAUUGCUAAGGACGUGAACAACAAUGACAACGGCCAUGUUGUGGUGGACUUUAUGCCGCGUUUUGGGCUCUCUUCUGGGAUGACAACCACAACCACGAUCGAGCCGUUCGUCCUCAGCUCAGAAAGCAACGAGAUGAUCGAGGCGCAUUUCCCCCCGCAACGAUGGACGUAUGAGGUGUACGGCUUCUCGAUUCGGAACCGCGUGGUGUACUACCACAUCCACAGGAGCGACCACCGUACGGGUAUUCGUCAACCGCCGAUUCUCAAGCGCUACACGGACUUCCGCGAGCUGCAGACCCAGUUGCUGGACACGCGAGCUCACACAGCAAUUGACAUGCCUCGAAUUCCGAGACCUCAUCUCGGUACCGUGUUCCGCGGCUACAAGAGCAAGAAAACCAUCGAAAUGCGUGAAAGUGCUUUCCGAGCUUUGCUACGUUACAUUUCUCAGUAUCCGGAACUGCACGGCAACACUGUGUUCGAGCAGUUCAUCACCACGAGUCGAGCCACAACAGGAGCAGGUUGGAUGUGA